GGCUGGCAGGUGCCGCGGGGGCUGGGAGGGCCCUGGGCUAAUGCCUUUCACUUCCCCACGCCUCAAAAGGUUCACACGCAGCUCCUCCUCCUGAUGUUCUGACCGGCUUGGUGUUUGUCAUUUCACUUUAUUAAGUAAAGAGGAAAUGGAAAAGGAGGUAUAGAGAGGGUUCCCGAGUUCAUUCAAGGGCGGACCGAGAGAUGCACCGGUCCGGAGCCGGGCCCGCGGAGGGGUCAGGCCGGCGCCCGAGGGGGGCGAACGCGGGCGCCAGACCGUGCGGUUUAAAUCUCCCGCCUCCCGCAGCGGGAGCCUGACAUCUCCACGCACGGAUGCGAAGGGGCACGGGCUGCUGGAGCGGCCCGGAGGCGGCGCGGGGCUCGCGGGCGGCGGCCGGAACGGGUGCCGGGACGGAACCCCGCGCAGCCGAACGCGACCCGAGGCGGCAGAGGAGCGUCACCUCGCGGCUCCGGCGUCGCGUCACUCCAUGGAUUCCUUUGGGCAACCCAGACCAGAAGAUAAUCAGUCAGUAGUGAGCAGAAUGCAAAAGAAAUACUGGAAAACUAAACAGGUCUUUAUCAAAGCAACAGGAAAAAAAGAGGAUGAGCACUUGGUGGCAUCUGAUGCUGAACUGGAUGCUAAACUUGAGGUUUUUCACUCCAUUCAAGAGACAUGCACUGAACUUCUGAAGAUAGUCGAGAAAUACCAGCUAAGACUCAAUGUUAUAUCAGAGGAAGAAAAUGAGCUAGGGCUCUUUUUAAAGUUUCAAGCGGAACGGGAUGCAACUCAAGCUGGCAAAAUGAUGGAUGCCACUGGCAAGGCACUCUGUUCUUCAGCCAAGCAAAGAUUGGCCCUGUGUACUCCUCUGUCUCGUCUGAAGCAAGAAGUAGCAACAUUCAGUCAAAGGGCGGUAUCUGAUACCUUAAUGACAAUUAAUCGGAUGGAGCAGGCGCGCACAGAAUACAGAGGAGCUCUGCUGUGGAUGAAAGAUGUAUCCCAAGAGCUGGACCCAGACACCUUAAAGCAAAUGGAAAAGUUUAGAAAAGUACAGAUGCAAGUAAGAAAUAGCAAAGCUUCUUUUGACAAGUUAAAGAUGGAUGUUUGUCAGAAAGUGGAUUUACUUGGAGCUAGUCGCUGCAAUAUGCUAUCUCAUUCACUCACUACCUACCAGAGAACACUGCUUGGAUUCUGGGAGAAAACAGCUCGAAUGAUGUCCCAAAUUCAUGAAGCCUGUAUUGGCUUUCAUCCAUAUGAUUUUGUAGCUCUCAAGCAACUACAAGGCACUCCAAGCAAGCUUAGUGAAGACUAUAAAGAAGAACAAAUAGGCGGUUUUCUUUCUGAACACCUCAAUAAGCUACUUUUGUCUGAUGAGGAAGCAAGCUUUGAGAGUGAACAAGCAAACAAAGAUCACAAGGAAAAACAUUCUCAAAUGAGAGAAUUUAGAGCACCUCAGUUUUCUAACUCUGAAAAUGUAGUCGCAAAAGAUCUACCUGUGGAUUCACUGGAAGGAGAAGAUUUUGAGAAGGAAUUCUCAUUUCUGAACAACCUCCUAAGUUCUGGUUCUUCAAGUACUAGUGAAUUUACCCAAGAAUGCCAGACUGCCUUUUGGAGCCCCAGUGCCAGUCUCACGUCCCAAGAGCCUUCCAUGGGGUCUGAGCCCCUUGUUCAUUCUUCUCAAUUCCUUCCUUCACAACUCUUUGACCUUGGCUUUCAUGCGGCUGGAGCGUUCAACAGCUGGGUCUCCCAAGAGGAAUCAGAGUUUCGUCUUUCUGAUAGCCAGCCAGUGCCUUCACAGAGUCCAAAGAAAUUAACAAGAUACUUGGAUCCACUUUCAAACCCAGAUGCUAUUGGACAUUCAGAUGAUGAACUUCUUAAUGCUUGACUGAAGUUAUAAUGUCACUUCAACGGCCUUGAGAUAUCAAUUUUGCAACAUAUUUCCUUUGUGGAAAGGAGUUUAUAUUGUAACCCACACACAAAAACAUGGUGUUUCUGAAUAUAACACCUGUCAGCCAACUUUAGACAGAUGGCAAAGACCACAUUUGAAUAGGUUAAGUACAUCUUUCAUAUCUUGGAUUUGCAGCUGUUAGUACUAUGUGGAAAAUAUUAGAAACUAUGGAGUCUGCAAUAUUUAGAUACUGGAAUUUAUGUCAAAAUAACGGCUAGGAAUAAUUGUCAAUAUGGAGUUGAGUUUAUUUCUUUGGAAACCCUUUUAUCUUUAAGUUGCCUUGCUGGCUGUGAGAUAAAAAUUUUAUAUGUGGAUAAAAAAGAUAGCAUGUAAAUUGGGUAGUAGUUUGGGGUCAGUUUUUGAAUGACAUAGUGGCAGGGAGUAUUUUCUGUUUUAGAAAAUAGCAUUAGAACCAGAUCAGCUUUGUUUUGGGUUAGAGAGGUAAAAUAAGAUUUGAGAACUCAGUUUGCUUUAAUGAAAUCACAAAGAAAAUUUGCUACUUGUUUUUUUUCAUUUGGAGGCUAAAAUGUAAUGUUUUUUUAUUAACACAAAAUAAUGGACACUUCCUACAUUAUUAAAUCUUCAAGGGGAAGUAGCAGGGUAAUUAAUUUGCUAAGCCCAUUCUCUGUAGAAACAGAAAAAUCUAUCUUCCCGUCUCCUAAACCUCAGAAUGCAUAGUAAUACUUAAGACUUGGGCAAGUAUCUUCAGACCCACUCUUUCAUACACUUGCUAUAUAUUAUUAUGCUAUUAUGCAGUAUUUAUAUUAUUCCUGAAAAUAAAAUGGGGGGGGGGGAGAAUAUUCCCUAAGCAACUGUCAGUAGUAGUCCUGAAAUACCUCAAAAUUUCUAUCUGAAUGAGGGAGACACUUAUGAACAUCUUAUCCUUACAUAUAUUUGUAUAUUUUGUGACAUAAUUUAACCCAGAAUACUUUGUGGCAGAGAUACAGAAAGCUCUGUGUGAUCAAUAAGGGAGUGUCUCAUUUUUCUACUUCCCUCUUUCUGUGGGUGACAUCAUCUGAGGCUCUAUUUGAUUAUUAAGCAAAAUCUGUUACCCCUACAGGGUUUAGAACCUAAGUAUUAGAGGGGAAGUCUAUUUAAUGGAAGUUAGUGUAAGCUGAUAAAAACAGAGCUACUGUACACACAUGUCAAUCACUCAAUUUCCUGUCCUUUUUCUUAGCCACCCUUUAAUUUUGAAGCAGUUUCCCAAGUGUUUUAUUUUUGUCAUCCAGUCCGUUGCAUUUCCAUAAG